AUGUCACUCUUCACCAUUCUUGCUCGCGACGACUGCACCAAUUCCGCCGGCGGCGACACCUGCGAAAAGCCGGCUAGCAACUCCAAGAUCACUGCCAUCGUCAUUGGCGUCAUCACUGGUGUGCUCCUUGCCUGCCUGCUCGUCGUCAUCGUCAUAUUUCAGCGCCGAAGAACUCGAAGAGACAAUCAAGAGUGGACUAAGGACCCGCAAGAGUUGGAAGACUACGGCAUGGGCACCAUGGACCUGGACAACACCGCCAAGACUGGCAGUGUCAGACUACCUCCCGAGGCCCACCGCGCUGAAAGACCCGUCAAGGCAGAGGGUGCCGGAAGCGAGAUGCCGCCGCAAAGUCGCAUCUCGGUAACCUCGACAGUUUCGCUGGCACGACAACUACGGGGACACGAUGAUACUUUGAGCUCGACGGCCCAGGUUCCUCGUUCCCUGGUCUAG